AUGUUGCGGGAGCAAUACGCUGCCGACGGACUUCAUUGUGCAAGUAUCGGCGACUCAACGAUGGCGGUACCUCCGGAGAUCAUCAAGAAAAUCGAAGAUGGCUACGCAAAAUUGCAGGGUGCUGCUGAUUGCCACUCUCUGCUGAAGAAGUACCUCACCAAGCAGGUCGUGGAUCAACUCAAGGACAAGAAGACGAAACUAGGAGCUACACUCUUGGACGUCAUCCAAUCCGGAGUAGCCAAUCUUGACUCAGGCGUAGGAGUCUACGCUCCUGAUGCUGAGGCUUAUACUCUUUUCAAGCCUCUCUUCGACCCUAUCAUUCAGGACUACCACAACGGAUUCUCGCCUAGCCAGAAGCAGCCGGCCACUGAUCUCGGAGAGGGAAAGACGGCCCAGCUUGUUGACCUAGACCCCGAGGGCAAAUACAUCAACUCAACUCGUGUCAGAUGCGGUCGAUCCCUUGCUGGCUAUCCAUUCAACCCUUGCCUUACUGAGGCCAACUACCUCGAGAUGGAAUCCAAAGUGAAGAAGAUCUUCGAAAAUAUCAAGGAUCCCGAACUCCAAGGAACUUACUAUCCACUUGAUGGUAUGACCAAGGAUGUGCAAAAUCAACUCAUCAAGGAUCAUUUCCUGUUCAAAGAAGGAGACAGGUUCCUCCAGGCUGCAAACGCCUGCAGAUACUGGCCUAAGGGACGUGGUAUCUUCCACAACAAGAACAAGACAUUCCUGGUUUGGGCCAACGAGGAGGAUCAUCUCCGCAUUAUUUCCAUGCAAAAUGGCGGUAACGUAGGACAGGUUCUGGAGCGUUUGAUCAAGGGAGUGAAGACGAUCGAAGCCCAGGCUCCAUUCUCUCGCGAUGACCGCCUCGGAUGGCUCACCUUCUGCCCAUCCAAUCUAGGAACCACUGUUCGUGCGUCGGUGCACAUUCGCCUGCCGAAGAUCUCAGCCAAGCCGGACUUCAAGAAGAUCUGCGAUGGCCUCAAGCUUCAGAUCCGUGGUAUCCAUGGUGAGCACUCAGAUUCUGAGGGAGGUGUGUAUGAUAUCUCGAACAAGGCACGCCUUGGCCUCACUGAAUUUGAAGCUGUGAAGCAGAUGUAUGAUGGUGUGAAACACCUCAUUGAACUUGAGAAGAAAGCCUAA